CAGCCAUCGUUUGAUUUUCUCUUUUUCCAGUUAGAAACCCGUUCAUUGUCGAUUGCUUUUUUUUUUUUCCUUGCUAUUCAUGCCAUCCGCAAAGACGCCUGUGAGCAAGAAGAAGGAGGCUCCUUCAGCAGUGGCAGCAGCAGCAGCAGCAGCAGCAUCAAAGCCAGUCGCAGGGACUGAGAGCAAGAAGAAGGCGACUCCAACCCCAGCCGCCGCUCCAGCUCGGCCGUCCAGCAACAAGCAGUCUCAACAGCAACAGUCAUCCAAGCAGCCUCAACAGCAACAGUCAUCCAAGCAGAAGCCAAAGCAAGCGGAUGCUGUCAUCCCUUCGACGUCGACUCCUGCCGCCAGCGGCAAGAAGAGCGCCGCGCAGGCAGCCGCCGACGCCGCCGAGUCCGACCAGUAUGCCGAAGAGUCGUUUGCGCGUAAUCUUGCCGUGUCUGAUGCCGUGCAGCGCGAUCGCACGUUCAAGGCGACUGCACUGUGGCUCGCCAAGCGCCAUGCUGCCGGCCUCCUCACCCGCAUGGAGCUCCUCAAGCUAUGGAAGGGAUUGUUCUUCCUGAUGUGGCACUCGGACAAGCCGGCAGUGCAGGAACAGACCGCCGAGCGCAUUGCAACGCUCGUCCAAUCCUUCAAGAGCACGUCUGGAGCCCUUCUCUUUGUGGACACGUUUUUCGAGACAAUCAUGAGAGAAUGGGGCGGGAUUGACAAGCUGCGCCUUGACAAGUACUAUGUGCUCGUGCGCUUCGUUGUCCGCCAAAUCCUCGAAGCGUGCCGCGCUCAGCAGUGGAACCAAGAUGUGAUGGAGGCGGUGGCGAACGUCUUGGCCGACCGGCCUUUGCUGCCAGAGGAAGGUGUCGAGCCCGUCACCCGUGAUCCCAAGGAUCGUCGCGUCAUGUGCGACGGUUUGACCAUGCACCUCGCUGACGUCUUCUUUGGCGAGCUGGCCACCGCUGCUGCCAAGUUCCCCGUCCCGCCCGCAGUGUUUGCCCUGCUGCUCAACCCCUUUUCGCGCCUGCUGGCCUUCUCGCGUCGCCCGCACGUGCUCUCGCGGCUUCAGGAUUCCGUUUUCACGCCACUCACAGAGCUGGACGACGAAGUGGAUGAGGAAGAGCAAGAGGCUGCACCCAAGGGCAAAAAGCAAAGGCAACGGCCGCUGCGCCCAUCGGAGCGUGUGGGCAUGAAGCCCAGCGCGGUUGCGCAUCAGCUGCUCCAAUUCGCAGCCAUGAAAACUGUCAAAUCCGAAAACCGCCAGCUCUUGUACAAGGUCCGCCGUCAAUUCGUGCAUCUCAUGCCCGAGCACGAGCAGCCCGCCAUGGUCGAAGCCCAAGCAUUCACCACCCGCCAACUCAAGACCGAGCGUGAGACUGCUGCUGCAGCUCUCGCCGCCAGCACAAAGUCAUCUGCCUACGACAGUGACAGUGAUGACUCGGACAUGUGGGAUGAGGGUGAAACUGGACACGAUGGUGAGGAGGAUGAAGAAGACGAGGAUGAGGAGGACGAAGAAGACGAAGACGACGACGACGACGACGACGACGAUGAUGAUGAUGAGGAUGAUGUCCAGCCCAUGAAGACAAACGCACCCUCGAACAAACAGCAACCGCAGACUGGCAAAACGCCCGUCCCCGCUGCGAAGGCAACCAAUGGCAAGGUUGUCGUGAAUGGCAAGCAGCCACAGCCAACCCCCGCAGCCAAGAAGACCGAGACCGCUACUCCUUCAAAGCCCAAGGCCGCGACCUCGACUCCGAAGAAGGCCGAGGUCGUUCCGGCAGCUGCCACACCCGCAAAGGUGGCAACUCCUGCCCGUGUCUCCCAGAAGCGCUCUGCCGAAGAGGCUGUCGCCGAGUCGGCACCAGUUGCGCCCGCGUCCCAGAAGAAGGUGCGUGUUGAAGAGACUGCCGCCGCCGCCGCCGCCGCGCCUGCUGCCAAGACGCCCACCAAGAAGCAAGACAGCAAGACUGCUGCUGCGUCAUUCUCUACUCCUCAGCAAGCCAAGCAGGCUGCCGCCAGCACCGCAGCGCCAGCAACCGCCCCAGCCAAGCCCAGCCUUGCUGCUGCCACAGCUACCCCGCGCAACAAGGUUCGCUUUGACGCCAAUAAGAACACUGCACAAUCUUUCCAGGACAGCCUGAAGGUGGAUCCGCGGUUUGUUGCCUUCAGCCCAGACAAGCGACCAGCCUCUCCUCUGCUCAAGGUCACCACACCACGACGCGCCAAGGCCACUGACUUUUUUGACAAUUAAUGCAGGGUGUGUGUGUUGUUGGUGGUGGUGGUGUUGUUUUUGUUGUCUUCCUUGUGCUUGUUGAACAAUAUGAUUUUUUUUUGUUUUGCCG